CCCAUGGAACCAGUGAAGUUGGUAACGUUCUGAACUAAGCUAAUGAAAAGUCAUUUACGCUAUUUACAAAAUGCCGAUCUGUCAGACAUAAUAAUUAAUAACUUGAAAGGGUUUAAUCUAAUGUUGCUAUAACUUUUUUGCCUUAACCCAUUUGCUUUUUGUUAUAUACUUAUCACUAUAUUUUACAUGUAUGUGCUGCAAUAAAAUAUGUUUAAAAACUAAUAAACCACUCUUUCAAAACAACAUGCUACAUGUAAAUAUAGCGGGGAAAAUGACAGCAAUUUGAUGGACCAGCUUUCGUUUGACAACAGCUUGUAUUGCCGUCUGGUAUAAUGCUCUAUUUUUCUGGCGUAUAUAAAAGAGUGUGGUUCCAAAAGUUAGACAGUGAUAUAGCCAAAACGACUCUUUACGUUGCAGUUCAUCCAUAAAAAAAUGAAGUACUUUGCGAUUUUUGUUAUUUUUGCAGUGGUCGCCAUGGUAACAGGCGGAGUUCUGGUUGGCGCACCGGAAGGACAGUCCACUAGUGACAGACGUCUUCAACGAAUGGCAGAGUUUGCUGUUGGGGAGCUGGGAUCCGAAUAUGAACUAGUUCGAGUUGUUUCGGGCACGACACAGGUCGUGAAUGGAAUGAUGUACAAUAUUGAACUUGUUGCUAAAAAGGUGAUUCCAGGAAAGAAGAACCAAAGACGUCGCUGUAAGGUGUUGGUUUAUGAAAUAAGACAUCAAGGAUAUCUCGAGUUGGAAGAAUUCCACUGCCACUUUAAUAAGAAGGCACCGAGACUUUAAUUUAUUGGACACAGCAGAAGAAUUUAAAUAAAGACUUUCUUCUUUUGCAUGCAAAUCAUGAUGAACAUGUAGAUAAAGACUUACAAUUACCACAAGUAAUAUACAUUGUUCUACAUUAUAGUUUUAGAAAAAGACUAACUAAA